CUCUUGACGUUUCACCUCCCACCGUCUCCUCCUCCCCGCGGACGGAGAGCGCGCGCGCACCGCCCUUGGCCGGCCAGAAAACGUCGCCGUCCCGCCGCAUAAGCAUAUCGCCGCGCGAACCGUUACGACCGACCGACUGUUGCUGCUGCAGUUGUACACACCCACCUUGCGUCACCCACCGCAGAGUACAUCCGACUGUAGCAUUCGAUCCCGACUUGGCCAUCGACUCUUCGUCACCGUUCGCAUAACGUCUCGUCUCGCUUCUCAAGCCCGAGCGAGAUUCGUUCACACCGAUAUCGUCAUAUUACUCUUGUCGUCGUCGUCGUCGUCGUCAUGAUGUCUAGACGACUGCUCGGACGUUACGCAGCUGCCGCAGUGCUGCUGUUGAUCUGGGCUGCCGAUUCAGCUUCUGCUUCCGCGUCGGACGAUUCCGCUUCCGACGACUUGGACGACUCGACCGUCGCCCCGGGCGCCGGAACCACCACGACCACCACCGAAUCCGCCGUCUCGGCCGCCGCCGCCGCUCUCAGGGCGGACGUCGUGUACGAGCUGGCCGACCUGGCGUUCACCCGGCUGGUGGCGCACAACUGUUACGAGGCGUACGACCCGGUCAAGUGUCACGAGCUAUCCGACAUGUCGGCCAAGGACGUGCGUCUGUACUUCGGCGGACUGCUUCCCCGCAACGAAACCGUGGUCGCCGUGCUGCUGGACAGCGACGCUCAGCUCACUGGGAAGCCGCACGACGCGUUCCUGGUGCUCGACCCGUUCCCCGCCUACAAGUUCGGCCAUCCCGUGUUCAUGUUCUACGUGGAUGUGGGUGUGACGGUGUGGAAGUGCGAAGACACCGAAGGAAUAUACACAGCGUUGAGCGAUAACACCACAGCAUGCAUACAAAUGGUGCGCAGUCGCUGGUGCAACGAGCGUCCGAUGACGUCGUCGUGGGACUGUCAGGUCAAGUUUCUGCCGAUGGUGGUGCCGACCAAGAGCGACCGUUUGCAGGCCGACAACUUACUCAAGUGCGUAGACAGCAAGGACACGUUCUUGAUGAACUGCCCGCGGAUCCGGGACGACGGCGCUGAACUGUCCGAUGAAUGCAACCACCUAAAGACUAACAACAGGGGAUGCACCAGAGGCAACUACAAGUGUUUGGCGCAAAAACCGGUUAACCAGGCUGUAAUGCUGUUUGGCGGUUGGAGCCGGAACAUGGCUGACUUUGUAACAAUGAACGACUUGAUGUCGUUGAAGGACCGACUCAUUUCCUGGGGAUACGCCGAGAAUAACAUUCGGACGUUUUUCGCAAACGGCAUAAAUAUGAGCAUGGACGACGACGGCACCGUAAGUUCGACGACGUUUAACAACGUUGAACCGGCCGACAAGCUGAACAUACGCAGAUACAUCAAAGGUGUCUGUAGCGCUUCACGGUGCGCCGACACGUUCUUCCUGUACUUGUCCAGUCCGGCUAGGAGAGAUGGAAACGCGAUACUCUGGGACGCCAAUGGCAACGGAAUUGUGGAAAGCGACGAGAUCUACACGUCCAAGGAGUUCUUGCACGACAUAUCGCACUGUUCGGCGCGCCGCGUGGUCGUGUUCGUCGACCAGAGCUACAGCGGUAUGUUGGCGCUGCACGCCCAGUUCCAGCGUCGUCGUGUCGAAAACGUCAUGAUCAUACCGACCACUAGCAUGGACGAUUGGACACCCAGGCACACUUUCAACGCGUACAUGAGAGAGUCCAGCAGGACCGCCUGUCUGUCAGAGUACAUCAAGCCUUUCCAGGAAUCCCAAAUGAUGCCACCAGUGUACACUGGUGUUUUUAUGGAGCAAGAGAUGAGAAACAUCUCGAUAUCAGGAAUAAGGCCAUGCGUACCUCGAUAAUACAAUAACAAAUAAUAUGACGGAUAUAAGUGAUAUCCAAUACCGCGCUCGACAGCCAUUUUCUAUCAAACAGCAGUGAUCGAGUUAGCGGCAACAUAAUAUUAAUAUCAUUCCUCUCAUUAACUUUAUAUAACAUUAAUUAUUUUUUGCAUGUGUCGUAAAUAUAAUACGAUUAUUAUUAGUAAGUAUGCAAGAAGUGUUCACUUCAACAAUGUUGUUUUUUUUUUAAUUUUUUUUUUUUUAUUAUUAUUAUUAUUAUUAUUAUAUUAUUAUUAUUAUUUUUUUUUUUAUUAAUAUUAUUAUUUUGUUUAUGCUUUUAAACAAAAAGUAUUAAUAUAACUACCUAGCUGCAGUAUGCUCGCAUAACCACUGAUGUAUAAUAAUUUAAUAACAUAAAAACAUAAACGCGUACUUCGAACCAACUACUCUACGAAUUUAAACAGAUAAAACAUCAUGUUAGGACUUUCAUCUAUCCUAGUUGUAAAAUUAUUAAAAUUUUGUGUUAUUAAUUAAUUAUACGUCUCAGGCUUUUAAUUUUUUAA